AGGGCGUGGCUUCUGGUUCGCGGGCGGGGCCUGGCCUGCAGAAUUUUUGCCUUCCGCCUGUUCGCUGGAUCUGUCCCCAAUAUGCUGUGGGCGCGCCGGCCUGGGCCGGGCACUCCGCUGCUCCGGGCCGCGCUGGGUCUCGGGCGGCGCGGGCGGUCUUGGCAACGACCGGAAGGCCAGGACACCGGCGUGCAGGUGCAUAACAGCCUCACAGGCAAGAAGGAGCCGCUGAUCGUGGCCCGCUCGGACGCCGUCUCCUGGUAUAGCUGUGGACCGACUGUGUACGACCAUGCACACCUAGGCCAUGCUUGCUCCUAUGUUAGAUUUGACAUUAUCCGAAGGAUCCUGACCAGAGUGUUUGGGUGCAAUGUGGUCAUGGCAAUGAGCAUUACCGACGUGGAUGAUAAAAUAAUCAAGAGAGCUAACGAGAUGAACGUGUCACCCGCUUCUCUUGCCAGCCUUUUUGAGGAAGAAUUUAAACAAGACAUGGCAGCCCUGAAGGUUCUGCCGCCAACAGUAUACUUGAGAGUCACUGAGAACAUCCCUCAGAUCGUUUCUUUCAUCGAAGGCAUCAUUGCUCACGGCCAUGCUUACUCGACAGCCACAGGCAAUGUCUACUUCGAUCUGCGCGCCCGAGGGGACAAGUAUGGCAAGCUGAUCAACACAGUUCCCAGUGCAACUACGGAGCCAGUUGACUCUGACAAGCGACACAGCAGUGACUUUGCCCUGUGGAAGGCAGCCAAACCUCAGGAGGUGUUCUGGGCCUCGCCGUGGGGAGACGGACGACCAGGUUGGCACAUCGAGUGCUCUGCCAUGGCCAGCGAGGUGUUUGGAAGCCACCUGGACAUCCACACUGGUGGCAUAGACUUGGCUUUCCCACAUCAUGAAAAUGAGAUCGCGCAGAGCGAAGUCUUCCACCAGUGUCCGCAGUGGGGAAAUUACUUCCUACAUUCUGGUCAUUUGCAUGUGAAAGGCAAAGAAGAAAAGAUGUCUAAAUCCCUAAGAAACUACAUCACCAUUAAGGACUUCCUGCAGACCUUCUCCUCUGAUGUCUUCCGGCUUUUCUGCUUGCACACCAAUUAUAGGUCAGCCAUUGAGUACAGUGACAGUACCCUGGUAGAAGCCAGGCACCUCCUGCUGGGGCUAACCUCUUUUGUGGAGGAUGCUCGAGCCUAUGUAAAGGGGCAGCUGACCUGUGGCUCCGUUGAGGAGGAUGUGCUGUGGGAGAGGCUGGCGAGCACCAAGAAGGCCGUGAAGGCUGCUCUAGCCAAUGACUUUGACACACCGAGGGCGGUGAACACCAUCCUGGACCUUGUGCACCAUGCAAAUAGACAGCUCAGGGCAGUCUCGAAGGAAGCUGGUGGCCCAAGAAGUCCCACUGUGUUUGGGGCCAUCAUUUCCUACGUUGAGGAGUUUUUUGAGACCGUUGGGAUUUCUCUGGCAAAUCGACAGUGUGUUUCAGGGGACAGCAGCACAGUAACCCUGCACUGUGUGGUAGAUGAACUAGUGCGAUUCAGGUUGAAGGUCCGCCAGUACGCGCUGGCCACACCUGGGGCUACUGGGGAGGCCCGGAAACAGCAGCUCCAGGAGAGGCAGCCCUUGCUGGAGGCAUGUGACGCACUCCGCCAGGACCUCGUCACCCAUGGCAUCAAUGUUAAGGACAGAGGCAGUGCAGCCUCCACCUGGGAACUGCUGGAUCCAAGGACGAAACACCAGAAACCUGGGAACUGAGGAUGAGGCAGCUGCAUCCGCGUGCCUCCACGCCAGGCAUCUGCUUUUUUUUGUGAUGAAAACUUUAUAUUAAAGUUGCCAAAUUGUGGCUAUUAAGCCAACUGUGAAGUGA